UAUUGUGAAAGACAUCCACAGGACAGGUCACGGGAUAUCCGGUUUUAAAAAAAAAUCGGCGGCUCUUUAGAGUUCCAUAAUGUCCAAGAUCAAAUCAGUCAUUUGGCCCAAAGUGAUUUUAUUUGGCGACUCCAUUACACAGUUUUCAUUUCAAGCCAAUGGAUGGGGCGCGGAAUUAGCAAACAAGUUAGCCAGAAAGUGUGACGUUGUAAACAGAGGACUUUCAGGCUACAACUCCAGAUGGGCCAAGAUAGUUCUCCCUCGCCUCAUCAGUGGUCAGACCUGGGCGGACAACAACAUAGCUGCUGUGACGGUCUUCUUCGGAGCCAAUGACUGUGCACUGGAAGAUAAGAACCCACAGCAGCACAUUCCUCUGCUGGAGUAUUCAGACAACCUGAAGGAGAUCACACAGAUUCUGGGUGCGUCAGGAGUGUCAGCGGACAAAGUCAUCUUCAUUACACCGCCGCCUCUUCUUGAGCCAGACUGGGAGAAGGAGUGCAUUUUAAAAGGUUGUUCACUCAACCGUUAUAACUCAGUAGCAGGACAGUACGCUCAGGCCUGUGUUCAGACAGCUGCUCAGUGUGGCACAGACGUCCUGGACCUUUGGACGCUCAUGCAGAAAGACGGACAGGACUACUCAGUUUACCUGUGUGAUGGUCUUCACCUGUCAGAAAAGGGAAACCAGUUUGUAGCCCAGCAUGUAUGGAGUCUUCUGGAGAGCAGAGUGUCUCACCUGCCCUUCAUCCUGCCCUACUGGGGCGACGUUGACCCCAGGAAUCCUGAAAACAGCCUGCUCUGUGACCACUGAAGAAGAUUAUGAUGUGAUCAUUUAAAAUAUGUUCCACACUUGAAUAUCUGCUCUAACAAUGUAGUAAUGGUUCAAAUUGCACAAUAAAGACUUUUUUUUAUUAUUU